UUUACUGAAUAACUUAUUAGAUUUUGGAAGUAUCGAAUUUAAUGCGAGAGAAUUAAGGUAACAUGGGGUUAACAUUUAUAUAUACUCUUUCCCUUUCUUUUUGUUCAUAUUAAGUCAAAAAGUGAACUGAAGAAGAAACAAACAGUGUGUUAGUAAAAAUGGUGACAGAAACAGAACUUGAAGAGAAAUCAAGAAAGGGUGGUCUGAAAACCAUGCCUUUCAUAAUUGUGAAUGAAUCAUUUGAGAAGGUGGGAAGUUUCGGUUUACAGCCCAACAUGAUAAUAUAUUUGAUGACAUUUUAUCAAAUGAGUGCUGCCACUGGAGCUAGCAUUCUUGGAAUAUGGAAUGCACUUUCAAAUGGGCUGGCUAUUGUAGGGGCAUUUUUUGCUGAUUCUUAUUUGGGUCGGUUCAGGGUUGUUUCCAUUGGAUCCAUAUCCACCCUUAUGGGAAUGAUUAUUCUUUGGCUCACUGCCAUGAUUCCGCAACUCACAUCUUCACCCUGCUCUCAGUUCCGACAUGUUUGUAAUGGACCAACAGCAUUCCAACUUGCCGUUCUAUUUUCAUGUUUUGGGUUUAUGUCCCUUGGAGCUGGUUUUGUUAGACCUUGUUCAAUAAUAUUUGGUGCCGAUCAAUUGAAAAAAAGAGAGAACCCUGAGAACCAGAGGCUUAUUGAUAGCUAUUUCAACUGGUACUAUGCUAGCAUAGGGAUUUCAACUAUUUUUGCAGUUACCGUUAUCAUUUAUAUUCAAGAUCGUUAUGGUUGGCAAGUCGGCUUUGGCAUCCCUGUUAUCCUCAUGUUUUUCUCUGUCUUGAUGUUCCUAAUCGGUUCUCCCCUUUAUGUCAAAGUGGAAGCUAAUGAAAGCUUGUUCAUAGGAUUGGUUCAAGCAGUUGUAGCAGCUUUUAGGAAAAGAUUUACCAAUAUUCCAUUGAUAUAUAUUGAUGACUGCUAUUAUCAGCCACAUGAAUCAGAGCUCAUGGCACCGUCAAAUGACUUCAGGUGUUUAAAUAGAGCUUGCCUGAUUCAAGAUCCUCAACGUGAUUUAAAUCCAGAUGGAUCAGCUUCAAAUCCGUGGAGUCUUUGUAGUGUGGAACAGGUGGAAUCAUUGAAGGCUCUUCUUAGAGUACUUCCAAUGUGGUCCACUGGUAUUGUGAUCUUUGUGAUGACGCGUCAAUUCCCAUUUUCCGUACUUCAAACAAGGACCAUGGAUAGACAUAUCUUCCCUCGAGUCGAAGUACCAGCAGCAUCAUUCAGUGUUUUCCUGGUUAUUGCUUUAACAAUCUGGAUUAUCUUCUAUGAUCGUGUUUUGGUCCCUUUGCUAUCAAACUAUACUGGACGGCCAAGAGGGCUUAGUCCUAUUGUCCGAAUGGGAAUUGGCUUAAUAGUCUCCUGUGUGUCUAUGGCAUUGUCAGCAAUAACAGAAAGCAUAAGACGACAAAGGGCAAUAGAGGAAGGUCAUGAGGACAACCCAAGUGCUAUAGUGAACAUGUCUGCUAUGUGGUUCGUGCCACAAUAUGCACUACUAGGGCUGGCUGAGGCAGCACAUUCAGUUGGACAGAUUGAGUUCUUCUAUUCUCUGUUACCCAACAGCAUGUCCAGCAUUGCAUCGGCUAUGUCAACAACUGGGACUGCUGUGUCGUGUUUGGCUGCAAGUGUUCUGGUGAGCGGGGUGGAUUGGCUUUCAUCAACCAGAGGUAAAACGAGCUGGCUUUCGAGCAACAUUAAUAAGGGCCACCUGGAUUACUAUUACUGGCUACUUACUUGUUUGAGUUUGCUCAACUUCUUCUAUUUCCUGGCCGUGUGCCGGUUUUAUGAUGGGAGCAGUAGGUUAUCUCAUGAGGCAGAAGAAAAACAAUGUGAUUACAGGCUUUUACCUGAAUCUUGAUGAUAUAUUGUACUGCCUUGUUGAAUGAUCUACUAAGUUAGCUUAUGAAGUGUUUUAUAUGUUGACAAAAAUGUAAACAUGCAUGGAUUCCUUUGUUCUAACACAUUUUCUUUUGUCAAAUGGAAGCUUAACGAAAUGGUAUCAGUGUG